AUGUCCACGCCACCGUCCCUGCAGAUCCGCGAGGCGAAUGCACACCUGGUGGCCGUGCACCGGCGCGCCGCGGAGCUGGAGGCGCGGCUGGACGCGGCGGAGCGCACGGUGCGCGCCCAGGCCGAGCGCCUUGCCAGCCACGAUCAGCAGCUGCGCGCCGCCCUGGACGAGCUGGGCAGCACCAAGGACCGUGAGAUUGCCGCUCUCCAGGAGCAGCUGGUGACCUCCGAGGCCACUGUCCACAACCUGCAGGCUGCCUUGCACCAGAGGGACAAGCUCAUCAGGCAGCUGCAGCCCCGGGCCGAGCUGCUGCAGGACAUAUGCCGCCGGCGACCACCUUUAGCUGGGCUGCUGGCAGCCCUGGCUGAGGCUGAGCGCCUGGGUCCCUUGCCAGCCAGUGAGCCUGGCUACCCACUCUCUGGUGGGCCCAGUUUACUUCUAGCCAACAGCACUGGGGAGGAGGGGGACAGGGACAAUCUCCAGCCAGCAGUGUUUGGGACCACUGUGUGAGCCCCAGAGCACAGAUUCCGGAAUGGAGACAGAGAGUGCCUGUGGAGACUUUUCCCACUGCUGUGGGCAUCUUCCAGGGGGUGGGAGGAGUUGUCACCAUUGUCCCAGAGGGGACCCCAUAGCAGAGCCAUAAUCCUU